AUGUCGUCGUACCGCAAAGUCGACCCCUCUGAUCCUCGUCGGGCCGAUCUGACGAGGCCUCUGCAGCUUCCAGCGGCGUGGAGGGAAAACGACCUCGACAUGUAUGGGUCCUUCCUCGGCGGCGCCUCGAUGAUGUCCGGAGCGGCCAUGCUGACCCGCGCUCCGCAGAUUGCCUACCUCGGCAUGAUCUUCGCCGUCGCCCACCUCGCCCACGACAAGCCAUUCAAGUCUGAGAAGAACAAGGAGUCGCCAUCGGGAGGGCCGUUGAUGAGCCUGCUCUUCUCCGCGAUGGCUAUGCUGGCUCUGAUGGUUCCCAAGAUGGCUGUCAGCGACCCCCUCAAUGUCGCCAAGGCUGCGGCCGGGUCGGCGUGA